UUUUAUCAAAUUAAGUUCGUUUUGUUAACAGCAAAUAGGCUUAUAAAGAAAUAACAAGAGAGUAUAUGCUUAAUGUGUUGUCAAAACUAUAAACAAGAAUAUACCCAGUAAAUGAUUCUGCGCUCAUAUUCGCGUUCUAUAAACUCCCCAACAUUUCUGCACCCAAAACCUCUCUUCAGUCUCCUUCAUGCAAGCUAACGACAAGGUUAGGAUAUAGAAUUGUAGGGGAAUCAACUUACGAUUUAUAAACGACAACAUUUUGGCGUAUGUAUGUUUAGAUAUUUAAAAUAUUGUUUCAUUAUUGAACACAUUCGUUUCUUUAAUGUCUUUCUUUUAGACGUGAAGCCAAGAAUCAUACUAGUUUUUGUUCUCUUACCCAACAGGGGGGAUCAGAAUGUCUCCACGUUAAUAUUGUACGAAGUAUAUCAAUACAAAAGUAUUAACUUUUAAUGUGUGAAAGCAGGAGAGACGACCAAAGCUUAAGAUGGCCGAACAACAACUAGGAGUGCUGAAGGCACUCGAUCUUGCGAAAACCCAACUUUACCAUUUCACGGCGAUUGUCAUCGCCGGUAUGGGUUUCUUUACUGAUGCCUACGAUCUCUUCUGCGUCUCCUUGGUGACCAAGCUUCUUGGCCGACUCUACUACUUCAAUCCGUUGUCAGAAAAGCCUGGCUCACUUCCCCCUCAUGUCGCGGCUGCAGUCAAUGGUGUGGCUCUCUGUGGGACCCUUGCCGGUCAACUCUUUUUCGGAUGGCUCGGUGACAAGCUUGGAAGGAAAAAAGUGUAUGGUAUCACUUUGAUUAUGAUGAUCCUGUGUUCUGUUGCUUCUGGUCUGUCUUUCGGUGACAAAGCCAAGGGUGUCAUGACCACUAUCUGCUUCUUCAGGUUUUGGCUGGGAUUCGGUAUUGGAGGUGACUACCCUCUUUCUGCCACCAUCAUGUCUGAAUAUGCAAACAAGAAGACUCGUGGAGCUUUUAUCGCGGCAGUGUUCGCCAUGCAAGGCGUCGGUAUCUUAGCCGGAGGUUUUGUGGCACUAGCAGUCUCUUCCAUUUUCGACAAAAAUUUCCCAGCUCCGUCCUAUGCAGUCGACAGGGCUCUCUCGACGCCUCCUCAAGCAGAUUACAUUUGGCGAAUCAUCGUCAUGUUUGGUGCUCUACCUGCAGCCUUGACUUACUAUUGGCGUAUGAAAAUGCCCGAAACUGCUCGUUACACCGCAUUGGUGGCCAAGAACAUCAAGCAGGCCACACAAGACAUGUCCAAGGUCCUACAAGUGGAUCUUGAGAUGGAGGAAAGAGCAGAGGAUUUCAUUAAAGACCCCAGACUAAACUAUUGCUUGUUCUCUAAGGAAUUCGCCAAACGGCAUGGUCUUCCCCUGCUCGGAUGUACAUCGACUUGGUUCUUGCUUGACGUUGCCUUCUACAGCCAAAACUUGUUCCAAAAAGAUAUUUUUUCGGCUAUCGGUUGGAUCCCUAAGGCAGAAACCAUGAACGGAAUCAACGAGGUUUACAUGAUUGCUCGAGCACAAACUCUCAUAGCAUUCUGUAGUACUGUACCCGGCUACUGGUUCACAGUUGCGUUUAUUGAAAUUAUGGGAAGAUUUGCUAUCCAGCUGAUGGGAUUUUUCAUGAUGACCGUCUUUAUGUUUGCCAUUGCCUUCCCUUACGACCACUGGAUCAAACCAGAAAACCGUAUUGGAUUUUUGGUUAUGUACUCCCUCACAUUCUUCUUCGCCAACUUUGGACCAAACGCAACCACCUUCAUUGUACCCGCUGAGAUAUUCCCGGCUAGGCUAAGGUCCACAUGCCAUGGUAUAUCAGCCGCUACAAGAAAGGCUGGAGCCAUUGUAGGAGCUUUUGGGUUUUUAUACGCAGCUCAGCCCCAAGACAAGACCAAAACGGAAGCAGGAUAUCCACCGGGCAUUGGAGUCAAGAAUUCUCUCAUCAUGCUUGGUGUCAUUAACUUCAUUGGUAUGCUCUUCACUUUUCUUAUCCCUGAGCCCAAGGGUAAGUCUCUUGAAGAGCUGUCCGGUGAAUCAGAAGUCAGGAAAUCAUUAGGCAGUCAUAAUGUCGUAUUUUCUACCAGUUCAUGUUAAUUAAGUUUUCUUUUGCAAUUUUUCUGGUUUUCGCGAUGGGCGAUGUGAUAUUUGGAAUAAUGCACGUCUAUACUUUUUUUGUGACCAUAUAUGAUCAGUCCCCAUAUACGGUCAAUAGAUACUUGGUCAUUGUUAUGUUUAUACUUCCAUUUACAUGUCUACCUCUUUCAUACUUACUAAACACUAGGUAAUAACCCGCGCCUUGCACGGAAUGUGAUUAUUUGUUUUGUUAUUUUUAAUAAAAACACAUUAAAUUUGUUUAAUCUGGAUAUCGGUUCGGUUUUAAGUUAUUUUUUGGUUUUUAAUCUCCUAAAAUAUAACCAUUAUUUUAAAUUAAUAUUUUAUUUUGGUUUGUUUUGUUAGAAUGUUUGAUUUUUUAGUUUUUUAGAAAAAACCAAAAAUUACUAUUAUUUGUUUAUUUUCAUGUUAUAAAUUUAAGAUAAUCGUCAUGUCGAACUAAUAGUUGUAUAUCAUAGUUUGUAAGCGGAUAAUAGUUCAAGAAAAAAAAAGAAAACUAUUAAGACAAAUCAUUUCACUACAAUUUGGUCGGUAGUGGAAGAAACAUUAAGAAAAAAAAUAUUUCAACUUCAAAAAAAAAAUAGAUACUUCAGUGGUGGUAAAUACUUAUAAGGUGCUCACAUCAAUGUGCAUAUGUAUGUGUAUGUAAAAGUAUAUAAGAAUAAAUGACAAAUAUAUAAAGAUAUUGUUAAUUAAUAUUAAAUGACAUUUUUGUUCUAAAUAAUACAUGAAAGAUAAAAUUAAAAUUAAUUAAAAAUUAAAAAGGCCUUGACAUUAGUGAAUUUUUUCCAUAUAA